AUGCCUGCGCUUUCGGCUGUAGAGUUUUUGUCGGAUGAUGAGGGCUUUGCAGAUGGCAGUGCUGUGGAAGUCCCGGGGUCUGAUGUUGGAGCCCAGAUUGUGCCAAGAUCAGACGAUGAUGCCUGCCUGGCUGCACCUGUCACUGAAUUGAGUGAUGAUGAUCGGGCUCAGGCUGUGGGCAGCGCUGGCCGUGACAGACAUUUGAAGCGGGCAAGGGAAAUGAUCCUAGCCCCGCAACACCGCUCGACUGUUGCCAAGAUACUUCAAAGCCGCUGUCAGUGCUCACAACUCCGCAGGAAGGAUCGUGAGAGUUGUUUUUGGCAAUUUCACCGUGGUUGGCAUGGUUUGGACGCAGUCUUGCAACUUCGGAAAGAGUUUCGCUCUUUGCACAAGACCGAUGCUGACCGCAAGGUUUACGAUAUGCUGUCUUCGUCAACCCGCCCCGGGCGCUUUAGUCUCCUGGGGCAGAUCGUUUGUGGUCAUGCCUUUCGGAGGUUACUGGGGAUUGGGCGAGGGCGCUUCGACAAGGUCUUGAGAGCUAUUCGCGCCCAGACAGGGCCUCCAGUGGACCUGCGCUUUGUCACAGGCUCCCACGCAAAGGCCCCAAGCGACAACCGUGUUAUCAUCCACGAGUAUUUGCAAGAGUUGUACGACACCAUCAGCGAACCUAUGCCAGAGGCCCAAGAGACGGGUUCGAAACAGAUUAUGCGGUUUCGCCGUCGCCGCGGCAAGAAGCCCCGGAUCGCGAGUCGUCAAAGCAAGCUGAAGAAGGAGGAGAAGCAGCUGUUGCGGCUCUUGCCCCCAGGUACCUUCACCGAGUACCUUGAGUUGUUGAGAAGUCGCUAUCCUUCUAGGAAGCUGUCGUUGAAGCUCUUUUCCAGUGUUUGGACUAGUUCCUUCUUGCACAAGUUGGCCAUUCGUCCACGGUCGCAGCACCAACAAUGCGGGUUGUGCGUGCGACACAAGGCACUGAUCAAGCGCUUGGCCAAUGACACUCACAGCAGAACUGCUCAAAUGCAUGAGUACAGUCGCCAUUUAAAGCGACAAUACGCUGAUCGCGUCGAAUAUUGGACAGUCCGUACUCAAUCCCGCCUCCGGCAGCCCAUCUCGACAGGCAACACCAUCAUCUCUCUGAUCAUCGACGGCUUAGACCAUUCUAAGCUGCGAUUCCCUCGCGCAGAGCUUGUCAUGUCAUCAAAAGAAGUUUCAAGCUUUAUAAGGCCAAAUUUGGAUCUACAGGCAUGUCUGGCCCACGGCUAUGGCAUCUUUUGCUAUUUGACAUGGCCUACAGUUCACAAGGACUCGAACGCUACCGCAGACAUGCUGUCAAACGUGAUGCACCAAAUAUGUCAGCGUGAACAGAGUGAUGGCUCCUCGUUUGAUUGCCGGUGCACCGAGCUGCACCUGCAAUCAGACAACACGACACGAGAGACGAAGAAUAACACGACCCUCAGGCUGUUAUCAAGCUGGGUCGGAGGAUCUCUCCUCAAACGGGCCGUUUUUAGCAAUUUGAUGACUGGACACUCUCAUGAAGACAUAGAUCAGUGGUUCAGUGUGUGCAGCUCUUGGAUCCAGGAUGAGAAACUGUUGGAGCAGCCUUCUGAUUUCAAGAUCUCUCUCGAGAGGUUGCUUUCAAACCCGCAAGUCCGAGAGCAUGAGCCAAUCAGACGAGUAGAGCUACUCACUUCCGUCCGAGAUUGGAGACUUGGGUUGAUGCUCUUGCUCAUUUCCCCUCAGCUUUAA